AUGAGUGGACGCAUCAUCUCUAAGAGCAAGAUGCCUGUCAAGGGGCCCGUGCAGACAGAAUUUACUGUGAAAGGCUCGACGCCCUCGGGGAAACCCCGACUAUUUGUGUGUGCGACAUGCACAAGAGCAUUUGCAAGACAUGAACAUCUAAAGAGACACGAGAGAUCACAUACUAAGGAGAAACCAUUUACUUGUAAUAUCUGUUCAAGGAAAUUUUCCCGUAGAGAUUUAUUACUACGUCAUUCGACAAAACUACAUGCGGGAGCAGCCGAUGUUAUUACAAGGCUUCGUAAGAGGUCAUUCAAAUCCCAAUCUAAAGAUCAGGAUACAGGGAACAAAAUAGACCAAUUAAACAUCAAAUGUAACGAAAAGGAUAUUGUUGAAAAUGACAUUAAUGGUUUUUCUAAUAUAGAUGGAUCUUUACAACCUCCCGUUUCUUUCUCUAGAAGAUCAUCCCAAUCAAAUCGGUGUACUGGAUCGGUAGUGCCAACAUCUAAUAGUUUACAAUUACCAAAAUUCCCAUUGAAUGGAGCCUCUGGAGAUUCUGAUAUUCCAUCGUCAGUCAUAACUACAACUACAAGUACAACUGAUAUUAAUACUCAUACCAACACUACAAAUACAACAACUUCAAUGGACAAUCUGAACUAUAAUGAAGGUUUCCACCAUCAUUAUAAUAGUAAUAUUCCAAAUAAUAGAAGGGCCUCCUUCUCAGCAAUGUCUGGAUCCAAUUAUGCAUUUACUAAUCCAGAACCUUAUGCUUCAGAAACUGUUGAAUUUUCAACUCCUCAAUUUAAUGCGUUGGAGGAAGAACAAGAAAAUUGGUUGAAUUCUUUAACAGACCAACAUUUCGAACCGUUACCACCACCAUCAUCAUCAUCAUUACCACAGGAACAGGGACAACUACAAUUACAAGAAGAACAACAAGAGCAAGAACAGGGACCACUACAAGAACAGCUACAUCCAUCAUCUCAAUCUUCACAGCAGUAUCAAACAGAAAUACAAGAACUGAAAAAUCUCAUUAAUGGAACAACAAAUAAGGACAUUAGUCCUACUAGAUUGGGGUAUUCAUUCUACGACGAUACUGAAGAUAUCACCAAAUCUCUCAAUCAAACAAGAAUUGAACAUAAUAAUCAUCCAAAUGACCUCUUUCAAUCUUUGGUUUCCCCCGGAAAUACUGGAAUCAAUAUGAAGAUUCAAAAUUGGCAAGAAACUCUAUUUAAUCAACCCAUAACUGACUUGGAGAGAUUGAAUGAUAUGCGUGUCUCCAAUCCUUAUGCAAUUCCUCAAGGAUAUUCGUUCUAUGGUGUGGGGAGCAUGAAUCCCAGUAGAUCAUCUAGAACAGUUUCCAUUUCAAGGGGAGGAAUCUUGGGGAAUUAUGAUGACAAUUCUUUGAGUAGUGAUGCCACAAUUUCACCCAUAUUAAUUGAUCAUCAAGUGGAUGCUCCUACUAGUCAUAAAUAUGCCAGCUUUACGAAUCUUACAAGUCAUACGAAUACCAAUAUGGAUAUGGAUCUUAAUGAUAAUACUAAUACUAAUACUACCACUACUACUAAUAAUGAUUAUAGUAAUCAUUAUAAUAAGAAUAGCAAAAACACUAGUAGUAAUCCCAAUAAUACCCCUCAUCCUCUACGUUAUGAACAUCACCGUAAAACUUUUGAAGAUGAUUUCAAUGAUGAAAAACUAGGCUCUUAUUCCCAGGCUUUUUUGUUUACUUCCAAUAUGAACCGGCUAAUUAGGCAUUCGUUGGCUGCUUAUCCAUUCUUUGGCACCCAAACUCCGGAAUUGAUGAACACCGAUACUUUGAACCUAUAUGUUGAUCAAUUUAUAAACAAGUUUCUCACACAUUAUCCAUUUAUACAUAAGUCCAUUCUCAAUGAGCAUUCGCUAAUUAAAGAUGCAUUAGAACAUAUAAGAGAUUUGUCAAUAUCUGAAAUUGAAUCGAAUCAUUAUUCGAAGAAUGAUCUAAAACUUGUUCGUGAUGAUACUUUUACAGAUAAUUUCAAAGUUUCAAUUGUUUGUUUACCUCUAUUGAUUGCAACAAUUGGUGCCAUUGUAUCCAACAAGCGGGAAGAUGCUAGUAACUUAUAUGAAAUCUCAAGACGCUGUAUUCAUGUGUACCUUGAAACCCGCAAAAAAUUGAAGACCAUUGGUUUUGGAGACGAUCUCUCAGCAAUUUCAAAUUCCCCACUAUGGCUGGUCCAAUCUUUAACUUUGAGCAUAAUUUAUGGCUUAUUUGCAGAUGAAGAAAUAUCAAUGUCUAUUAUAAUCUGUCAAGUCAAUGCUUUAAACACUUUAAUUAAAUCUUCUAAAAUUAACGAGGUUGAGAAGCCUUCGAAUUUGAAUGACGACUAUAAAGUUUUCAUCAAUUAUGAAUCAAUGAUUAGGACCAUACAUAUGAUAUUUCACGUAACUACGCUAUUAUCGAGCCUAUACAAUAUUGAGCCUACCUUAGAAGUAGUGGAUUUGAAUAUAGAUUUACCGAAUUCCAGUUUACUUUGGGAUUGUUUGACUGACGAUGAAUUCCAUAAAAUGAUUGAAAAUUUCAAUUUCCAUACGCUAAAUUACCCAGUUGUAUUGAAUAAACUACUAGAUUUGAAAUACUUAAAUUCUAAUUUUUUGAUUGAUAACCAUAUCAGUGAGUAUGGUUUAAUUUGUAUCCAAAAUGGCUUACAUCAAUUGGCUUACAGUAGAACGGAAUUGGAUAAAUUGAAAAUUAUUGGCAAUUCUUGGAUCUCGAUGGUUGAUAAUUCAAUUAUCUAUAAUAAAUCCAGUGAAAUUGUCAAUGAUAGCAAAAUAAUGAACUAUUUUAUGAAUAUAAAAAUCAGCCCCAUCAUGAAUUUGAAUCAAAUCAAAGAAUUUGUUUGGUUGAAGAAUUAUAACGAUGUAAAUACCAAGUAUUUAAAUGAGUUUAACUAUUUUAGCGACGAUGAUAAACUGCAGGACUGGAGAUUUCAGCAUGAUUUGAUCAGAUUGAUUGAAGACUGUCUAUCAAUCUUGAAGCUUACUUUCUUUAAUAAGGACAAUUCAUUAAUGGGGUCUAUAAGCCCCAGCUUCAAACUAAACAAUAGUACAUUAACCAAAAUAGAUCAACUUGUUGGUGAGCAACUGAAUGGUGACGAAUAUGAAUUGUUUAACAGAAUCAAUUUGAAUGUUUUACAUAAGUUAAGUAUUGAUUCACAGAUGUUAUUUGAUGUCUUCCUUAUUAUUGUCAAGUUUUUGUUGAAUUACGAGAAGAUCUUCAAGAACAAAAACAAUUUAUCGCUAUUAAAUGAUUUUGAGUUUAAUUCGUUGUUAUUUAAAGAUAAAUCAUCGAGUAAAAAGUUUGAACAGUUUGAAGUUAUAAUGUUCAAGUAUUACAUCAAGUGUUUCAAGAUGUUCAUUUGUUUUGAAGAAUUUCUUAAACACAAUUAUAACUACGCCGAUUUUGAGACGGGCCAAGCGUAUGAUAUCUUGAACAACUUAGAUACUAAGCUCCAAUUUUGUGAGCCCGAUGUAAAUUUUAUCAUGGGUGAGUUGUUGCAAUUCCGUUUGCCUUUUAAGAUCCUCAAGAUUGGUGGUUUUUUAUUUGGGUUCAUCUAUGAUCGCAAUUACAAAGUGGCAAACUUCAAAUAUCUCAGUGACGUGUUAUUCCAUCUACGGAUCUACCUUGAAAGUAAAGAAGAUUAUGUAUGA